AUGGGGGCGCAGAGAACUCUCCUCGCGAGCUUCCUGCUCGCCGCGUUGGCCACCCAGGCCUUCGUCGCCAUCUCGGCCAGGACCGGCCCGAUGGACAAGGCAAGCCAAGAUGACGUGAAGAGGCCGGACUGCGUGCCGUCGCUCGUCCCGCACAACUUCCCCGGCCACGGGGGCACCACCGUGCCGCUUCCCUCGCACGGAGGCUCCUCCGGCACGCCGCCUUACCACGGCGGCUCCGGCUCGACUCCGUCGCACAGCGGCUCCGGCUCGUUGCCUGACUCGUCGCAUGGCGGGUACGGGACGCCGCCUUCGCACGGCGGCUCUGGUUCGUUGCCUGACCUGUCGCACAGCGGAGAAGGUUACAGGUCCACUCCGGACGCGCCAUCCCAUGGCGGAGGCGCAUACGGGAGCUCACCCACACCUUCCCACGACGGGCCUACGAGUUUAAGUCACUGACGUGUUGGGCCCGUGACUCCACUUGUUUUUGCACGUAGCAGCUACUGGAGGACGCACCCCAUGCAGACCUGGUCGGCGCUGGGGAGCUGGCCGGGCUCGGUGAGCCACUUCUUCGGUGCCGCCGGCGGCCCGAGCGUGAGCAUCAAGGACGCGCUGGCGAACACGAGGACCGACGGCGCCGGUGCACUGCUGCGUGAGGGCACCCCAGCGCUGCUCAACUCCAUGACCCGCCCGGGGUUCGCCUACACCACCCAGCAGGUGAGGGACGUAUUCGCGGCGGCCGCGGCUGGUGGCUUCGACAGUGCCGCGGCGGCGCAGGCGGCGGCGUUCAAGAAGGCCAACGAGGGGAAGAAGGCAUAG